AUGCAAAGGAGACCAGAAAGCAGGUUCCACCAUCUCCUCAUGGAGAUGGUAGCGAGCUGAGCCGAAGAAGACUUGCAUGGCAAGUCUCUAGGUUUCACUUUAUCUGCUGCCUUUGUAACUUAGAAGACCAUCAUGGACGUGGACAUAGACCCUGAACAACUCUUUACUGAAAAAAUGCCAAAAAAUUAUGCCCAGCCUGACGUCUUGAAUCACACAUUUGACCUUCUCUCGAACCUUCACAAGUUGCUCCCCAAUCACUUGGUGGAAGUGCUUCAUUCCUACAGAAGCGAAGAGGACAAAAACAAAUGUGAGAAGCCUGAGUUCUCUGGUCUAGAAAAGAUCUUAGCAAGACAUCAGUUACCAAAAGAGAUCAGUCUCUCCCCAAAGCCAAGCCUUAUGCCCUCAUGGAGAAGAAGGAUAAUCAACAAUAUCAGUGGAAACUGGAAGAAAUGUCACCUGUGGCAGAAAAGCACCUAUGAGCCGCCCAUGGGCACCAUCGUUGCCAGGUGGACCAAAAAGAACUUGCAACCCACAGAGGACCUCAAAUCAGUUAUCCAAAGACUGUCAGCACUUGGCCCAAUUAUCUCAGUCACUCCUAGUGGACGACAAAGUGCUGUUGUGGUGUUCAGAGAUAUCACCUCUGCUUGUAAGGCUGUGAGUGCAUUUCAGUCCAUGUCGGGAGGCUCAAUGUUCCAGUGCUCAUGGCAGCAUCGAUUCAUGGCAAAAAACAAAACUUGGUCAAGAAAAUGUACUUCAAAAGUACACUUAGAAAAAAGAGAAUCAACAGUAGGAGAACCACAGGAGCUCCAUAACUAGCUGGGAGUGGACUUACCCUGUCCGAAGCAAAGACAGCAUCAAAUAGUGCCAGGAUGGUGACAGCGAUUCCCACAGCUGGGCCAUUUACUACUGCAACCAGAGGCUUCGGAAAGUCUAUAAAACAGUUUACAAAUUCCCUACAGAAAUGGAAAGAGGAGAGCAUUAAAGAUUUCAAAGUAGCCCUACCUAACUAUAGAAAAGAUUAUAUAAAUUAAAGUUGAUGCCAUGCCAAAGGACCACCUUCCGAGACUAAACCAAGAUCCUUGUACAUGGGGCCUAAUGAAAGGUUUUACAUCUAUGGAGUCAAGCAACAGAAAACAUUUGAAGACAAACAAACAAAUACAUCUGUACUGAAUAUUCACAGACUUUUUUCCUUAUGACUGCUCACUUCUAAACAAUGUGAUGGAUUCUGACAUAGCAUUCACACAUAGCAUAGUGUGUUAAGCACUGUAAGACACCCAGAGUGAGCUUAACGUAGACGGAGUGUGUGAGCCUUCAUGUAAAUGCGACAUGAUUUUACACAGGGAGCAUGUGUGUGUAAAGUCCUCUGUUGAUGAGAGUCACGGAGCUACAUCCCAGAAGAUGCUGAGGGAGACUGUACACACACACCUGUGACAAAGUUCACUAUGUAGGCUGAGUAAGAUAUUUACAACAACAAACUUUAAAAGUAACAAUAUACCAUGUAAGAUCUGUUGAAAACAUA